UCGCCUUUCUCUUUCUCCCUCGGUCUCAGCUGAAAACUGAUUACAGGUUGCUUAUCGACUCCAGCACAAUUUCACCCCCUUCCAGCAUAGAUCUUGGAGGGUUUUAUAUCGCAUCAAUUAUUUAUCAUAUUUUAUAAAUCCAGCAGCACUACAAUUUUUUGCCCCCGAGGAGGGAGCGGGCGGCGAUUGGCGCCGCUGGAGCCACGUGCCCGCGCGUCACAUGGGCCGGGAGGAAAAAGGGCUCCUUUUUGGUGUAAAUCUGGACUCUAAUUCCGUAAUAUAUCACGGUACCUCGUAAAACCGACACUAAAACGUCCCGACCUACAAAUCACCCGGCCAAAUUAUGAGUUCAUUGUAUUAUGCGAGCUUAUUUUCUAAAUAUCAAGCCGCAAGUUCGGUUUUCUCAUCCGGAGUCUUUCCCGAGCAAACUUCUUGCGCUUUCGCCUCCAAUACCCAACGAACGGGUUAUGGGGCCGGCUCCACGCCUCCCUUCGCCUCCUCCAUGCCCGGGCUGUACUCCAGCGGCAGCGCCGUGCAUCCCCAACCCCCCGGCAUGUACUCCUCGGGGUACGGCCUGGAGCCCGGCUCCUUCAACAUGCACUGUUCCCCCUUUGAGCAAAACCUCUCCAUGAUGUGUCCGGGAGAUGCUUCCAAGCAGAACUGCAACAAAACGGACCAGAGGGAUUCAGAUUUACAAAGCGACAGUAACUUCCGUAUCUACCCCUGGAUGAGGAGCACAGGUAAGAGCAAUCCUCCUUAAAGAAAGGAG